AAGAAGAAAAGAAAAAGAGAGAGAGAGAGAGAGAGAGUGUCAAGGGGGGGUACUUUCAGAAGUUGCAGGUUUUUGGAGUAUCGUGUCGGGGUGUGUCUGAUUCUGAUUCAAGAAGAAAUAAUAUUUUUAUUUGUAUUAAAGAAAGUUUGUAAUUUUUCGGGAUAUUUCAAUUAUUUGGUUACCUUAAUAAGAGUGGGGGGAUUCAGGGGAGUCUAAGAUUCUUUUUUUGGUGUAUAAAUAGAGUUCUGCAUUUGUUCUUCUUUACUAUCAUUCAUUCUAUUGCAAAUUAGAAGGAAAGAAAAGCCUUCUUUGUUAGGAGAGAAUCAGAGAAAGAGAGCAACUUUUGAUUACCCCAGAUCACAAAUUUCUCAGAAAAAGCAAUAAUGGAGAUGAACAUGAGCUUUUCCCAUGACAUGGAUGAUGAAUAUGAGAAAUUCAUUAGAAGAAUGAAUCCACCCAGGGUUGUGAUUGAUAAUGAAGCGUGCAAGAAUGCAACUGUGAUACGGGUUGACAGUGCAAACAAACAUGGAAUCCUUCUUGAAGUUGUACAAAUCCUUACCGAUCUUAACCUUAUCAUUAAUAAAGCCUACAUAUCCUCUGAUGGCAAUUGGUUCAUGGACGUUUUUAAUGUUACCGAUCAAGACGGAAAUAAAAUUGUAGAUGAAGGGAUUCUUGAUUAUAUUAUGAAGUCUCUAGGGCCAGAAUCUUGCUUCACAUCUUCAAUGAGAUCCAUUGGGGUAAAGCAAUCAAUGGACCACACUGCAAUUGAGUUAACAGGAAGUGACAGACCAGGAUUGCUAUCUGAAGUGAGUGCUGUCCUUAGGCAUCUUAAAUGCAAUGUAGUGAAUGCUGAAGUGUGGACACAUAACACCCGUGCUGCAGCUGUGAUGCAAGUGACUGAUGAGGAAAAAGGGACUGCAAUCACUGACCCAGAAAGGCUAUCUAGGAUAAAGGCACUUCUUUGCAAUGUACUUAAGGGAAGCAACAAAUCCAGUUUAGCCAAGACUGUAGUUUCUCAUUCAGUCACACAUACUGAGAGAAGGCUUCACCAGAUGAUGUUUGCUGAUAGGGAUUAUGAACGAACUGGUGAUGAUGUUUUGGAUGACAAGCAAAGGCCAAAUGUGGAUGUUGUUAAUUGGUAUGAUAAGGACUAUUCAGUGGUUACUAUUAGGUGUAAAGAUAGACCAAAACUUCUCUUCGAUACAGUUUGCACCUUGACAGAUAUGGACUAUGUAGUGUUUCACGCAAAUAUUGAUACUGAGGGGCCAGAGUCUUAUCAGGAAUAUUACAUUCGGCAUAUAGAUGGAUCCCCUGUGAAAUCAGAUGCAGAAAGACAAAGAGUAACUCAAUGUCUUGAAGCAGCAAUUGAGAGAAGGGUAUCUGAGGGUUUGAAGCUAGAGCUCUGCACAACAGACAGAGUUGGAUUGCUAUCUGAUGUUACUCGCAUCUUCCGGGAGAACAGCCUCACUGUCACCCGAGCAGAAGUGACAACAAAAGCAGGCAAAGCUGUCAACACAUUCUAUGUUCGUGAUACAUCAGGGUAUCCUGUUGAUGCUAAGACCAUAGAUUCUAUCCGGCAAGUGAUUGGGCAGACAAUACUAAAAGUUAAAGGCAGCCCUGAAGACUCAAAAUCAGUUUCUCAGGAAUCUCCAACUAGGUUCCUUUUUGGUGGUCUCUUCAAGUCAAGAUCUUUUGUCAAUUUCAGCUUGGUUAGAUCUUAUUCUUAAGGAACAUAUUUAAGCUCGCUCCACUUGUAAAUUAAAACCCAUUUUAGCAUAGUGUCCAAUGUAGCAGUUGCAGGAUUAAGACUCUAGGAAUCAUUUCUCAGUUGUGGUAAAGGAAAGCCAUAGAUAGAAAUCGAAGGGCCUGUAAAUUUCCCACCUCAACCCUCUAGCCUUUCUUUCUUUACCGUGUAUCCAAUCUAAAGUUGGAUCCACAAAAGCAGAAAAUGAAACAAUGACUUCUAACUUCUAACUUUUGUACAUAAAGCUGUCUCUUUUACAUUGAACAGUCUUUUCAUCGGUUUAGCUCUGUUGAUCUUCAAAUUUUUUUGGGUAUUAACGACAAAUUGAGGUUACGUUUUGACUGUAA